GCGCCCGCGUCCACCUCCACCGAGCCCGCCAGCCAGUGCGACACUGGCAGCCUCCAGUGCUGCAACAGCGUCCAGAAGGCCUCCGAUCCAUCUACCAAUGCGCUUCUCGGCCUUCUCGGCAUCGUCUUGGACAACCUUGACGUCCUGGUCGGUAUAACCUGCUCGCCCAUCCAAGUUCUCAGCUCCGAUGGCGGAUCUUGCACUGCCGAGCCCGUUUGUUGCGAGAACAACAACUUCAAUGGACUCAUAUCUCUGGGCUGUUCCCCCGUCAACCUCAACCUCAAGUAA